AGUUUAUGUUGUUCGUGUCCGCAGUUCUGGUGAUAAGUGUGCAGUUUUCUAACUUAUCGCUGUGAUCGUUACAUUCUGUGUUUCGAAAUUUUCGCGUUCUCCAAUGAGUAUGGCUACCGAAGGCUUGCACUCUCGUUCGACGACUCAAGAUGACAACAAACCUCGAACGCUGUACGUAGGAAACCUCGAUGCGUCUGCUUCGGAAGAAUUGAUCCUAGCGCUCUUCGGUGUGAUCGGCCCUGUCAAAGGAUGCAAAAUCAUACAUGAGAACGUGUUCCUGGGUGCCGGAUCCGGAAGUGCAGGUGUCUCUUCCUUGUCGGGUGGACAUCGGGAAGAGCAAUCCUCCACGUUGCUCGAAUUUUCCGAAUGUCUUAUUUCCCUGAAACCACCUGCGGCGUGUCAGGUCGCGUGA